ACCACAAGCCAAUCAUCAAGAUGUCUCCAAACCUUCUUUUCUCCUUCGUUUUUGUCGUGCUCCUGGCUACAGUAUCCGCUGGAAUCAUCCGUGAUCGGCGUGCAAUUGAAGACUACUGGUAUACAAAUGGAGUUGUGCACAAUGUGGUUCAUGACAAUAUGGCUGGCGGUCCAACUUCUCUUGGAUGGGCUCAAGUUCCACAUCGACUCAGUCCGAUGUUCUCGCCAAUCUUUGGAGGGCGAUGAGUAUGUUCAAAUAUUGAAUCGUCGAAUUUGAUCUCUUGUAUGUAUAAUAUUCGAAUUUUAAAUUUAUCAAAUAAAUGUUCAUUCCAAUUAUCA